AAAUAACAAAGUGAGAGCUAAUGGUAGGUGGCAUUGGUUAGAAAAUGAGUCUGUAAGGAAAGGCAAAGAAACAAGAACAACCAAACAUUUCCUAACUUGGAUUCCCGUUUUCCCCAAAUCUUAAUUACUGCAAUGCCAAUGCGUUAGCAAAGUUUCAAUCUUUGCCAAAAGGGAUCAUGGGGAGGGACCCAUCUUCUGCCACCGUCGAGGUGCAGGUUCAUCCGCGCCGCGACACCAUCGCCGGUUGUGGGCGGAGGCUCUCUCCUUCACCGCCGAGCCCCCCCGCCGUGCGCGAUCGUGACUUCAGCCUCUUCAAGCGCUGGUUCCCAUGGCUGGUCCCCACCUUCGUGGUGGCCAACAUCGUCGUCUUCAUCGUCACGAUGUAUAUAAACGAUUGUCCUAAGCAUUCCUUUUACGGUUCCUGCGUUGCCUCUUUUCUCGGAAGAUUCUCAUUUCAACCUCUUAAAGAGAACCCUCUCUUUGGUCCUUCUUCCUCCACAUUAGAGAAGAUGGGUGCUCUUGAAGUGGGUAAAGUGAUUCAUAGACACCAGGUUUGGCGCCUUUUCUCUUGUAUAUGGUUGCACGGUGGGGUUGUUCAUCUGCUUGCCAACAUGUUGAGUCUUGUUUUCAUUGGAAUUCGCCUAGAGCAAGAAUUUGGAUUUGUUCGAAUUGGAUUUCUGUAUGUGAUAUCCGGUUUUGGAGGCAGUUUGCUGUCUGCUCUAUUCAUACAAGAGGGAAUCUCGGUUGGUGCUUCUGGUGCAUUAUUUGGCUUACUGGGAGGCAUGUUAUCGGAGCUCUUGAUAAAUUGGACAAUAUAUGCCAAUAAGUUUGCAGCGUUACUGACUCUUAUAGUCAUCGUUGUAAUCAAUUUAGCUGUUGGAAUUCUUCCACAUGUGGACAAUUUUGCUCAUAUUGGAGGAUUUGUCUCUGGCUUUCUUCUUGGGUUUAUCUUUCUGAUUCGCCCCCAGUUCAAAUGGGUUAGUAGUAGACACAGGAAUUCUCACUCUGUAGCUGCUGCACCUUCGGUGAAAUAUAAGCACAAACCUUAUCAGUAUGCACUGUGGGUCAUAUCCUUCAUACUACUGAUUGCCGGGUUGGUUACUGGGCUGGUUUUGCUUCUUCGAAGUGCUAACUUGAAUGAUCGUUGCUCAUGGUGCCAUUACUUAAGUUGUAUCCCUACCUCAAAAUGGAGCUGCAAAUCACAACAACUUUAUUGUGAGUCAACCCAAAUUGGAAACCAACUCAACAUAACAUGCCUGAGCAAUGGGAGAAGUGACAUGUUUCCUCUUUCAAAUACUAGCACUUCGGAGGCUCAACAACAGCUAUGCUCUCGACUUUGCAGUUGAUAGAUAUACAUGCAACAUUUCUUAAUGCAAAUACCAUUCAACUACCUGUGUAUAUGAUCAUACUUGAUACUACAGAGAAAUUAUUUCUUUUGGAUAGGCAAUAAUGGUUGUUAUGACUGCCAUUAAGAGUAUAUUGUUGUCACUGCUUUUCCUUCUUAGUCGUGAAUUACAAUGUGCAAUUAUUCUUUUGUUACUGGAGCAGAGAGCAGAGAGGAAGUUGUAAUUGAUUAAAGAAGCAAAAUACUUCUCAAAUAUAGUAAAUGUUGUCAAAUGGAUUGAUUGUAGGAAAAAAAUCACGCUUUAGAUUUUUUA